UUCAAAUGUAACCUAGCUAAAUAAAUAAUCCAAAGGCAGAAUGAAAACACGGAAGGCAGACGGUUCGAUUUCUCCUUUUUUCUCCCCCACUAAAUUACUACAGUCAUAGUACUACUACGUUAGUAAGUUGCAGAACAGUACGUCCGCCCGCACUUUUCCUUUUUCGCCGGUGAUGUUUUCUGUAGAAUAACUGAAUAUCAUGGUGUGUUAAGUGAAAUGUUCUCUCUAUUUAACUUCAUCCAGCGUUGUGUUGCUGUUUUCAAGGUGUGACUAUCUGCAAUCAUGCCUGCCUCAACAGGAGAUCCUAUCAGCGCAGCGCUCUCACAUUCACUUGCUGCCAGUUCCAAGCUCUCGUCAGACAGUGAUACCUUGGAUACCAAGCUAAUAGGAUCGACAAAGCGAGUGUUACUGACUGAAAUAAAAUAUGAGCAAACCAGCACUUUUAACAGUAAUCUAGAAGAUUUGAAAUCUAAAUAUGUAGUUUUAAAACCCAACGUGAACUCUGAAAAUGGUGAAGUAAAGUUGAAAAACGGUUUACCUAAGCCAGCUCUGAGUGACUCUAAACCUCUGCAAUCAUCGUCAGUUUCUAAAGCUUCGAGUAGUAUAGUUAAGCCUUCAAGUCCAGCGGGAGUCAACAAGGCAGUUUUACCGUCACCUAAAAGAGUGCUGUUCGAUCCGGAAAAGAUUCAGCUAGGAUGGCAAACAAAGACAGUUCCUGUUGGUGCCGGAAUGGAGAAUUUAGGAAACACGUGUUAUUUAAAUUCUACGCUUCAGGCACUCUUCCAUGUUCCAGCGUUUGUGAACUGGUUGCUAAAUGAUAAGGCCCACAAAGACAAAUGUGAAGCCCUGAAUGGCUUAACACACACUGACUGUUUAAUUUGCGCGAUGCUGAAAACACUGAAAUCAUCCUUGGAAAACAGUGCUUCAAACUCCAUCAGGCCACAUUUAGUUUAUAAUAAACUAAAAUUGAUUUGCAAGAGGCUUAUGCAUGGUCAUCAAGAAGAUGCUCACGAGUUCAUGAGGUAUCUCAUUGAGAGCAUGGACCGUUCCUACCUUCGCAUAAUGCAGGCUAACAAUCUUGACAGCUACAGCAAGGAGACAACUCCCCUGAGUCAAAUAUUCGGAGGCUACCUCAGAACAGAAGUGAGAUGUUUGGAGUGCCGAAACAUCUCGCUGACGUUCCAGCAUUUCCAAGACUUGCUACUGGACAUUCGGCAAGCCACCACUCUCGACCAGGCGUUAGAGUCGUAUUUCACUUGUGAACGUCUUGGCGACGGCGACGAGGCGUACAAGUGUGAAAAAUGCCACCGUCGAGUUGCUGCGACCAAGAAGUUCACUGUUGAAAAACCACCUAAUGUCCUCUGUAUACAGCUCAAAAGGUUUGGCAUCACCGGAGGCAAGAACAGCAAGCACAUACAGCUGCAGACCAGCCUAGACCUGACCAGGUUCUGGGUGCACCAACAGAGUCAGCCCGGCGUCAGACUCAACUAUCGUCUCGUGUCACUGGUGAAUCACAUCGGACCAUCUACUAACUGCGGACACUACACAGCUGUCGGCCUCGCCUCCUCGGGACAGUUCUAUCUGUUUGACGACAGUUUGGUCAGACUUGUGUCCACUCAUUCCGUCAGUGGCAACAACACGUACAUAAUCAUGUAUGAGCUCACCUCACCUAACCCCUCCCUAAACAGUGCAGCCAGCAAAGUUUCGCCACCUAACGGAACUUGCACGGUGACCAAGCCUAGCCAGAACACAAGCACGGUGGUUGGUUGCAGCAACGGAAUGCGACGUCCGAUAUCUCCCAUCACCAACGGAACCAGCAACCAUUCACACUCCCAGCCCACCACGCCUCUCAAGUCGAUGCUCGGCUCUCCUCUAAAAACGGCAAACUCUUCUAACGCAAAGACCAGUGUCUCGUCACACAAGAGUCUCGUCCCCUACUCAACAGAGUCGAGCGACAGUGAGUCUGAACCGGCCACUUCCAAAAAAGCCGCCGUCACCCUGCCUACCUCGUCGCCGAUAAAAAACGGAUUUGCGAAAGAAAGUUCAAGUUUUGUGAAAUUUAGUAACUGUUCGAUCGGCGCGUCGCCGAACAAAACUAGUACUCGUAAAAGUGAUGAGUGUAAAAGUGAAGUGGUGGUGAACGGUUGGCACGUGACGGAAGUGGUAGAGAAAAGGAGCGUGGCAAACUCAUUGUACAACCCUCCGCAAAACUGGGCCGUCAUCUCUGUUGACACAGCUGCUGCCAAAUCCGCAGAAAAAAACGGAGAACCUAGUCAGCUGAAAGUGGAAGAAUCACAUAAUGGCAUCAAUGGUAAAGAUCACAAAAAACCUGUGGAGAACGGCCAUAGCACAAUGAGUAACGGUGAUGAACCGAAGAAGGCCACUAACGGAUCUGUGGAAAAUGGACGAAUAUCUAACGGAAAGAGUUGGGACGGCUGUAGAAACAAUUCCACAGUUGACUACCUCAAGAAAAAUUCACACCAGGGCUAUGGUAGAAAUGUAACAACAUGGAAUGGGGGUAGAACGCAAGUAGACGAAGAAGCAGAAAUGGACAGGCUACAACAACGUAAACGCUCCUACGAUCAGAUGUAUGAAGAUGAGAUGGAUCACGGGAAGGUGAAGAAAGUGAAAAACAACUAUUACCAGAAAAACGACAGAGAGAUUAACGGAAGACGGAAUUACUUCCAGGAGCAUCAAAACCACAAAAACAACGGUUGGUACAAAGAUAGACACCAUUUCUACCGAACCUACAGCAACAACCACCACCGUACGUACCAAAAUAACAACAACAGACACCAACACUACAAUCCUUGGAGACGUUGAUUAGGGAUAAAGUAAUAGGAAAUAAAUUUUGUACCGUUUCAGUAGUCGGCCAAUUAGUAUGAAUAAGCUUGAAGCUAUUUAAAAGUUUUUCGAUAAAACUUAUGUUGUAACAACAACAGUUGAAAAUGUACAUAUUAAGUAACUCUUUCAGUCAUAUUGUUUUACGUAAAGGUAUUACUGAGUUAAAAUAGGCUAAAUGGUCAUCUUUAUCGUACUGAAGAUUAGUGCAAAUGUAAGUUUUAACAAGACAAUAUUUUUUAAACUAUAAUAAUAUAAAUGUUUAUUUGAAACACAUUUAAAAUUGGACAGUAUAGUGAAAUGUGCAAGGAAUUAACUCUUCGCUGAUUUGUAUAUUGAAAGUUACCAAAGUUUUUACCUCUUGAUAGUUUUAGACUUCUGAUUUGUUAGAUAAAUUUUCAGAACUAGGAAUAAAAGGCAAUUUGUUUAGUCUGUAAUUAACACUGUGAAAUCAUUAAUUUUAGUAUAUUAAAUUGAGUUUAAAAUCUUAGGGGUUAUUAUUUUUUGGUGUUUCACUGUUCUAUUGUUCCUUUCUCAAUUAACUAUAUUAUAACAACUAACUAUUAUAUUUGUAACGUGUGUACAAGUUUUUUUUAUAUGUGUCUAAACUCAUAACUAUUUUCUUUAAUAUGCAUAGAUUAUUUUUUACAUAAAAUGCUAUAUAAUUUGUCCUUGAAAGUGAAUUGAUCAUAAUAAAAUACCAGUCCAGGUUUAUUUGUUUGAACAUUUUAAGGGUGCUACCAUAGUGUAUAAUUAGGUUGAAUAACUGAAAAUAAUACUUGUCAACAAAAUGCUUGGGAAUCUUGUAUGAAGGUAAUGUAAACUUAUCUUAAUAUGUACCUAUAUCAGCUCAACUUUCAUAUUAUAAAUGCAUUUCUAUGCCGCCUACGUGUAUCACUUGAUAUUUUCUUAUUUAAGUGAAAGUACAUUUUGGUUUUAAUAUCAAACUUUUUUCUUAUUUAGGUUAUUAUUCAAGACAAUUGUGUGGUAACAUUUUUGUUUAGCUACCCAAAUCGGCCAAUGUUUUUAUUUGAGUUUUGUGUUAUUAGUUGUUACUUCCACUUUGUUCAGGACUUUUCAUUCAAAGCCCAGAGAUCAACAGCUGGGUCUAGUUUUUAUCCAAAAGCUAUCGACUUUUUUCAGGAUCAAACUGACAAAUUUUUGAUUGCCAUGUGAGCUCUAUAACCUGGCAAAAGCUAGCUUACCUGAGAUAACAGCCAGGGGUUAAUAGAUAAGAAAAAUGAAGGUCACAAAAAUAACACUUAUAGGACUUCAAACAAAAGGUUUUAGAGACAAAUGAUUGUGUGAAUGAUUUUUUUCAACCUUCUCUCUGUAAGUUCUAUAUUAGGAUUUAUUACCCCCUAGACUAAAUUUAUCAGUUAAGCUGGCUGAACAAUUCCAUUUUGUUAAAUCACUUAAGUCACUUGGCUUAAUUUUGAAGUAUUAAUUCACAUAAAACUAGUUCUCAGUGGACUUGCUCAAUGUAAGGAUGAGUAAAAAUUUGUGAAAUGCAAGAUUAGAGGUACAGCUCACAAAAAAUCACCCUUUCUACUUUCACUCAAACCAUCUGCCGUUAGUUGAAUCUCUCCCGCCAAAGCCCUUCCACAGACUGGUGGACGCUGCAACUUUCACCUGACUGAUAAAGGAUUCAAACCCUGUAUUUACUCUUUGUCAAACCACUUGGAUGUGGUCAGACUCAACGGUCAAACUUCCUAUACUGGUAAACCCAAAUCCCAAGUGUAGUUCCAUUGAAUUACAGAUUGCAGCACAAGACCACUUAAUACUUGCGUAGUCAGUCGUACUCGCAAGUGAAGGUUCGGCUAUGUUGCUAUUGAUGGUCGAUAUGACCUUUCGAGACUUAAAGUAUGCGUUGUCACUUUGGUCGGAGUGAUUUAGCAUGGGUUUGAAUCCUGUAUUGGUCAGGUCUGGUUAGCGACUCAUAAGGAACUCCCUAGUCUCUGAGUUGGUCGGAGAGACCAACCUAAAAAAAUAUGCUGGCUUGAGUGAAAGUCGACUGGACAUUAUUAAAUUGUGAGCCAUACUUCCAAUCAGGCGUUUCUUUGUACCCAUCAAAAUUUUUUAGAUUCAUAAGAAUAAAACCAACCAAGCAAACUCUAACGUAAUUAUUUCAUCCUAAUACUGACCUAUGACCUGGAAAGAAUAUGACUACCUAAUCUUUUGAUCGUGUCAGUGUUCCAGUGGCAUUUCCUUUUGUUAAAUAAUCAUCGAAAUGUUGAUUCUUUACUCUCUAAUAUUAACCUUUUGUUAGAAAGUAUCAUUCAUUAAUGACUUGGUGGCAAUUAAGUCCUGAAAACAUCCUUCUAAAACAAAACCAGCAACCAACAUUUUCAAAAUUUGAUGUUCUGAUAGUUAAACCUCAUUGUAUUUGUCUGCCGAAAAAAUUCCACUGGAUUGAACAAUAAACUUAUUAAGUGGUAAGACAUUAACGUAAACAUACCAAUUAAUGCAUUGUCCAAACUAAAUAAAGAAACUACUAUAGUCAACUCAAACAGAACUGGCGGUUCAAAAAUAACAUCUGGUCUAUUUCAAAACCUCGUCAGUUCUAUUUGCUUUGACUUAGUUUCAGGUAAUUUAAUGUUCCUAAAAAGUAUAUAUUCCCACAAAUUUCAUCAUAAAAAGAGUAUUUUUUGUGUACAUCCUUGAUUUCAUUUUUCAACUAUAAACUCGUAACUUUGAUUAUACCCUUAAUGUUGCUUUUUUUUGCUUUUAUCCAUUGAAGCAUUUACUACAAACCUUAUAGUAGCCCAAUAUUGUCAAAUUAAGUUAUUAUGCAAGUAAUAGGAAAUUAUACAAGUUAAUAUUAGUUUAAUUUGAUAGGAAAGUACUUGUAAUAUCAUUUGAUGAUUAUUUGAUUAACAUGUAAAUACCACUAAUUUUUCAAUAUAAUUUACUGUACUAUAAAGGGAUGUAAAUAUCAUAGAGUAAUUGAGUUUAGUUAUUUUGGUUUGUUUGGUAUCGUUUUUUGUAUAUAGUUGAUAGUUGUGAUAUUUUUAGGUACAAUUAAAAGAAAUGGAAAACAAUGUAGCUGGUAGUUGUGUUCUGUUACAUUAUAUUUAUUUUAUAUUCAUGGAAUCAACUUUGUUCUCAUACUAUCAGGAAAUAAACAUUUUAAAUAAUAGUUAUGUGUUUUUUUUUA